AUGGUAACUCAUCUUUACCUAGGUGUGGUAAUCUUUGCUGUUUUUGCAGUAGCUGUUGGUCAGCCAGCUAUCAAAGUCAUAUGUUCAAAGGAUUCGAUAAGCGUCAAAUGGCGAGUUGGCCCCCAGUUGGUGCCAUAUGCUGCUCGACUCUUUAUAGGAAGUUGCACGCCCUCAGAAUGGAGGGUUUUAGACUCAGGGGAAGGAGAAGCCUCCUUUGACUACAAGUUUUCUGAAUGUGGCUUUGCAAGAAAGAUGAAAGGAAAACACAUGGUGUAUCAAGGAGACGUGAGCUUCAGACCACAGGCAAAGGGCAAGCCUGCUGUCUUCCAGCAACCCAUUGAAUGCAUUUUUAAAAGACCUGCGGGUUGGAUUCCUUCAUUUAUGAAUCCCGGAGCAGGUGCUUCUGAAGGCCGUAGUAAGCUGGUCUUCCAUAUGGCACUCCUAAAUGAUCAGUUAACAGGUGUGGCUAAGACCAAUGUGGUACCCCUGGGCUCAUUCAUGCCAAUAUGGGCUGCAGUGGAGCAGAAGUCCCAUCAGCCGCUGCUGCUGCUCAUGGAGGAGUGUGUUGCAGCCACGACUCCACAACUACUGCCCAACAGUCAGAUUCACCCGAUUAUUGGCAACAAAGGGUGCCUCUUGGAAAGUAAAACGGGAAGCUCAAUGUUCCUCCCUCGGUACCAUUCGUCAGCCAUUAUCCUCUACCUCCAAUCUUUUAGUUUUGGUAUUGGAGAGGAGGUGUACAUCCAUUGUAAUCUCAUGGUCUGGGAUCAUGACGCUCUUGACAAAACGAAGAAAGCUUGCCAUGUGACUGAACAUGGAAGCUGGGAACUGCUUGACGACCCCUCUCUGAGCUCCCUGUGUAACUGCUGUGAAUCAACUUGUGCCUCCAAGAUGAAGAGAGCGACUGACUGGGAGUCGAGCAUGAACUAUAAUUCUGUCUUGGGACCCAUCAUCAUAACGGACCAAUCCAACGCCCACUCAAACGCAACGUUAGUUGCGUCUGACUCUGCCAUCGACUCUCAGUCGUCUCUGUCGUCCACCAACUAA